UUAUAAACAGCAGAAAAAAAAAAAGAAUCAAGAUUUGAAUAGCUAAGGUUGUUUAUGGCAAAUGCUCCGACAUGUUACCUUAAUUUAAUGUACUUUGUGAUUAUUAGCAUGUAAUCCAACUCAUGUUUGCCUUCCACUUUAAUUAGCUUUACACACAAUUUGUGUAUUUUUAAAACUAAUCUCUUGCCAACCAAGUGGUAGCCUUCAUCAGCCAUGAUUACAUCUUAUUUUUUUAUUUUUUUUAAAGACAGUGAAAAAUAAAAAACAAAAGAAAGUCAUUGUCUCUCCACCUUUCACCGAAAAGUUGACACCAAUGCAAGAAAAGAAAAAAAAAACAUUCUUGAUUUUAGUUUAAUUAGCUAGCACCUCUUUUAUUAUUAAUGAAAGUGGGCUUUGGGAGGGGGGAGAAAAUCUUUAAUCUUGCAUGAGUUCGUUCAUGUCUGAAGUGAUGAACUUUUUUCUUCCUUUUCUCCCCUAAUUCAAGAAACACGCAGUUCACACACAUUGAGUGUGUAAAACAGGCAUGCCAAUUAUGCAAGAACUCAUAGCUCUAGUGUGUGCUGUGCGUGUUACUUAAAAGGGGUUUCUGUACUAGUAUCUUAGUACACUGUUCACAAAUUAAAAAUAGAAAAUCUUCAUUUAUUUGUUUGCUGGAGGUUUUUUUUUUCAACUUCCAGAUAGUUAAAGAUUGAAGCUUUAUUGCAGAAAUGGGUGUUAUUACCGUUUCUGAACUGAAGCCCAGCAUAUCUGGAAAGAGGUCUUUUCGUCCCAGUUCAAGUGCCAGACAUAUUACUGAAUGGCCAAUAUCUGAUGUUUCUAGUGAUCUAACCAUUGAAGUUGGAUCAGCAAGUUUUGCUCUUCACAAAUUCCCUCUCGUUUCCCGAAGUGGGAGGAUAAGAAAACUACUAAUGGAAUCAAAAGAUUCCAAAAUAUCUCGGCUAAAUCUCUCCGGCGUCCCCGGUGGACCCCACACCUUCGAGCAGGCGGCAAAGUUCUGCUACGGGGUCAAUAUCGACAUUUCGCUCUCCAACAUCGCAACUCUCCGAUGCGCAGCCCAUUUUCUUGAAAUGAAUGAGGAAUAUUCCGAGAAGAAUCUAGAAUCACGAACCGAGGCCUACCUCAAAGAUACCAUCCUACCGAGCAUACCUAACUCCAUAACCGUGCUUCACCACUGCCAAAAUCUUAUCCCGAUUUCCGAAGAUAUCAAUCUUGUGAACCGGAUUAUAAACGGGAUUGCAAAUAACGCAUGCAAAGAGCAGUUAACUUCCGGAUUGUCCAAACUCGAACACAACUUCCCUCCAAAGCCCGUCGAAACCGAAAUAAAUUCCGAUUGGUGGGGGAAAUCACUUGCAUUGUUAAACCUCGAUUUCUUCCAACGGGUUCUGUCUGCCGUUAAGACAAAAGGGUUGAGACAGGAUAUCAUAAGUAGAAUUCUGAUAAAUUAUGCCCAAAAUGCCCUUGUGCCGGUGAAAGGAAGUACUAUAUCGGAUCUUGAUAUGCAGAAGAAGCAAAGGGUAACGGUGGAAACAAUUGUGAGUUUAUUACCGACACAAUCGAGGAAAAGCAGUGUUCCGAUUGCGUUUCUUUCGAGCUUGUUGAAAUCUACGAUAGCUGCAGGGGGGUCCACUUCUUGCAGAUGCGAUCUCGAGCGUCGGAUCGGGCUGCAGUUGGAUCAGGCGAUUCUUGAAGAUAUUUUAAUCCCGGUGAAUCCACAUGGAAACAAUCACAGCCCUUUAUACGAUACGGAUUCUGUGGUCAGGAUCUUCUCGAUGUUUUUGAAUCUUGAUGAGGAUGAUGUUGAUGAUGACGAAGAAGAUAAUCGACGGAUGAGAAACGAUGAAGGGGAGAUGGUUUACGAUUUCGACAGCCCUGGUUCUCCCAAACAAAGCUCAAUCAUUAAAGUCUCCAAACUUUUGGACAAUUAUCUCGCUGAGGUGGCACUUGAUUCAAACUUGUCUCCGUCGAAAUUUACGGCACUAUCGGAGUUAUUGCCGGACCAUGCUCGUGUGGUGCAAGAUGGAUUGUACCGAGCUGUGGACAUCUUUCUCAAGGUUCAUCCAAACAUGAAAGAUUCCGAAAGAUACCGCCUCUGCAAAACAAUCGACUGCCAAAAACUCACACAAGAAGCAUGCAGCCAUGCAGCGCAAAACGAGAGACUGCCAGUACAAAUGGCGGUACAAGUCCUCUACUUCGAACAAAUCAGGUUAAGGAACGCGAUGAACGGAGUAGGAGGGCACAACCAGUUCUUCUUCGGGUCGAUCAACGGCCCAAACCGAGCGGGGAGCGGUGCAGGGAGCGGGUGCAUUUCGCCGAGAGAUAACUACGCAUCGGUCAGAAGGGAGAAUCGAGAGCUGAAGCUGGAGGUUGCAAGAAUGAGAAUGAGAUUAACGGAUCUUGAAAAGGAUCACGUUACGAUGAAACAGGAUCUAGUGAGAUCACACCCUGCGAAUAGGCUGUUCAAAUCGUUUACGAAGAAGUUGAGUAAGUUGAAUUUGUUGUUUCGGUUUAAGGAUGGUGGGAGUAAGGCUAAUUCUGAUAGCAAGUUGCUUUUCCAGAAGAGGAGGAGGCAUUCGGUUUCUUGAACUUGUGUUUUUUUUUUUUUUUUUUUUUUAUUUGCAUGUAAAUAGAGAUGG